CCAGCUCACGCAGUUCGGGGCCCAGUACCCGCGGACUCCAGUAGCUGUUCUGUCUGCUGCGUUUUUGUGCCUCCAUUUCCGUCCCCACGCGGUGCGGAUGGUCGCAGCACUCCUCAGCCAGCCUGGUGCGAUGCUGCCCCGCAGGUGGUGAAGAAUGGCGUACCCGACCCUUUGGUUUCUGCUCUUCGGAAUUAUCCUCAAUGGGGCCCUACGCAGUGCUACUGCCAUCCAGCCAGAUGCUGCCUGCCCCCGAAGCUUGGACUGUACCCUGAGAAGGAGGGCCUUGUGCCCACCAGGUUCUGGUGCCUGUGGGCCCUGCCUUCGGCCCUUUGUGGAGGAUGACCUUGGCCGCUGUAUUCCCAAAAAACAGUUACCAAGAGGUACGUGGGAUCUGGGGCGGCGGGUGUUACAAAAGGAAAUCCGCUUGGCUCAGAAAACAGACUAUUCAUCCAAGUCCCAGAAAGUAUCCGGCUCCCCGGCUUUCGGCAGAAGCAUGCCUGGGGACAAGAAGCUCGCCCAGAGUGCCCAGAUGUAUCACUACCAGCACCAGAAGCAGCAGAUGCUGUCACUAGAGAAGCAUAAAGAGCAGCCCAAAAUUAUGGACUCUGGGUCCUCUGAGGAAGAGAAUGAGGAUGGAGACUUCACUGUCUAUGAGUGCCCUGGCUUGGCCCCUAUGAAUGCCUUGACUGGAGAGAUGGAGGUGAAGAACCCAAUGUUUGACGACUCUGCUCUGGUGGGCCCUAGCCCCCAUUCUGCCUCUAGUCCUCCAGCCACUGCUGGCUCUCUAUCUGGAUCUGGUCCCCGAGUCAGUUCGGGCUCUCGCACUAGUGGGUCCCGGACUGGCGCCCGCCCUAGCCCCCGGCCCUCCCGGCUGGUGGCCCCUAAAUCUCACCAAUGACCAGCCUACUGCCUUCUCCUGGCCAGUGACUCCAGCCUGGGAAGGGGAGCUGUGAAGGGGUUGGGGAUGGCCAGGGGUGGGGGGGGUGCUAAUAUUAGGAUGUUUCCCCCUAUUAAGAAAAAAAAAAAAAGCUCUGAAAUCCCAAGUUUUGCUGUUUGCAGUGAGUGCUGGCUCCCCUCCUGUUUGGUCUCUCUGUCCCCUUCCAAUGUUGGGAAAGAGAUGAGGAGGGGGGCAAGUAAGUCAUGAGCUCCCCUCCCCAUCCUCCCAGAAGGAAGGGGGUCUACCGUCUGUCCCUUUUCCCAAUCCCUUUUCCCGCCAACCUUUUGGGGCUGGGAUUUCUCCAAAAGGGGAUGAGGGAAGCAGCUUUGUAGUAUUCCCCUCACCCAGCCCAGGCCUCCCUAUAGCCAGGGCCCUGGCCAUGCCGGGAACACAGAACUUGGUGACAGAUUUUAGUCUCCAGGUGCCUUCCCCCAGAGCCCCUGGGACAGGGGAUGAGGCCAUUUACCCCUCCCAGUGGCAGAGCCCCAAAUAUUUUCUUGGCCCUGUAAACCUGGUAUGUGGGCCCUAGUCAUUCUGCCCUUCCAGUUUUCUUCCCCCAAUUCCCACCAAAGUGAUUCUAGCUCAGGAUCCAAAACUGGAUGAGGUGGGCAUUGGUGCCAGGGCCUGGGGCAGGCACCUAGGAGGUUCUCAAUCCUCCAGGUCUGUCUUCUCUCUUCUGUGCCUGUGUCUUUCCCUCUCGCUAUGCCUGUGUCCUCUCCUUGUCUGUGCCUGCGUCCUGUCCUGUACAUUCUUGCACCUGGUUCUUACUGUGAGACCUUUUCCCCUCCUGCUUGUGGCCGGGAUUGUAUCCACAUUCGUUUUGAAACAAAUUCAAUUUUAUUAAAAACAAUAUUUCAAACCA